AUGGCUUCUUCCAUUGAUAUAUCCACAAAUUCCCAAUGGACAAAAGCAACCUAUGCUGGUGUAGUUGGAAAAUCAACUGAAAUUUUACAAGAUUAUGAUCAUUUGGUAUUCCCACAGGAAUUCUAUGAUCCUACUGCUAGAAAAGGAAGUAGUCCUUGUAUUCACCCUCUUGGGUCUAAAGAAGGUGAAACAGCUGUGUACUUCACUACCAAGGAAAUUGAUGCAUUAAAGGAAGAGGUUAAAUUCACUUUGGCGGGCAAAUUUCAGCUAGGACAUCCUAAAAUGGAGCUAGUUAGAAGUUUUUUUGAAUCACUGAAGUUUAUAGGUAAUUGGAAAAUUGGGCUAUUGGAUGGGAGGCACCUCCUAAUUCAGUUGGCAGCUGAGGAAGACUAUGCAAGAUUGUUUGCUAAAAAAUCUGUUAACAUUGCUGGAACAAAUAUGAAAAUUAUAAAAUGGACCCUAGGGUUUGAUCCUGGUAAAGAACCUUUUGUGGUCCCCCUCUGGUUCAAGCUACCUGGCCUCCCACUCCCCUACUUCAAGCUAAAUGCUCUAUUUAACAUUGGUAGAGCAUUAGGUACACCUCUAAGAGUGGAUGCCCCCACAUAUAAUAAGGCUAGACCUAGCCUUGCUAGAAUUCAAGUUGAAAGAGAUAUCACACUCCCAGAACUGAAGAGAAUUUGGAUUGGUUCUGAUGCUGAAGGGUUCUGA